AGUCUGCCCUGGUCUGUCUCGAGAAUCGACGUGCUCCCGCAGAUGGAAAGAAACGAGAUUUGGUAGCAACCAAACCUUGUAUAAAGUCCAAUCCCCCGGUCCCUGCCCAUGUCCCACCUGUUUGAACCUUGAGCUGCCGUACGCCAAUUUUGCUACAUCGGUUUCUCUGGUAUUUCGGAUUCCUGAACUCUUACAUUUUCUGAACUCUAGAAUGCGAUGACGUCCGACCCUCACCCCAAACAAGAUGGGAAGAAAGGGUCGAUAUAUUGCGCAAACCUAUCGCCUGCUCAAGUCAUUGCGGAAGCGUGGCGACGUGAAUCUCCGCAAAGCCAAGAAUUUUGGCGACAAGCAGAGGCAAAACGCAAAGAACUUUAUGCAGUCUCCAGAUCACCUAAACCACGGGGAAAGAUGUAGGGUCCGCAUUUUGAUGACAUGACCGCAUAUCAUUGCCAUUUAGGUCCUUCGCAUUCCAUGUACAUAUAUUCAUUACUUGGACGAUAUCACCAAUUGUACGAUUAGUUG